AUGAAUCCGCCAAAACUCAAUUUCACUCUCAAAACAGAGAGUGACUUUAAUAACAAACCACAUGACUGGUCAAGUGCCGAGAUUCAGUCACAACUACCGACAUAUAUUCUGCUAAUAACAGCAAAUGAUCAUGAAUUCAAUGCUUGCUAUUCAUACAUGACACAUGUCGAACGAGGUUAUUGUGAAGAGCUACAUAGAUGUGUAUAUUUUGGUCAAUUUGGCGAUAAGGGUGAUCAGAAUGUGAAAGUUGCAUUGCUGAAAUGUCAACUGGGAUCGGAUGAGGGUCGGUUAGCUCUGAAAGAUGCUGCUGAAAUUUUAAAGCCAAAAAAAGUCUUUUUUGUCGGUACCUGUGCAAGCAAGAAACCUAAGAAGACAAAACUUGGCGAUGUUGUCGUUUCCGCAAAGUUGGGGACUUAUGAUAGAAAAGUUAUGCCAGAUGGCACAGUGAAUUAUCGCGGUGCAAAAGUGAAUGAAACCAUGGCUCGUCUUAUUCUGCAUGCAGCUGAUGGUUGGAAACCACCGUUAAAAGACCAGAGUAGCUUAAAAGUCAAAGUUUAUCGUGACGCUGUGGUGCUAGAUGGUUCAGAUUUAGUCAAUAGCUGUGAAAGACAACAAGAUUUAGUGGAUUAUUUUCCAGAUGCGUUUGGUCUUGAAAUGAAGGGUGCAGGUAGGCAUUCAAACGAUAGGGCAGCUCAAUUCUUGGUUUGCAAUUGAUGAUCGUAGAAUACCCCACGAAGGGCCUUCGCUCGAAACGUCGAGUUUCCGCUAGUUUUUUUUCAGGUAGCAAUAUAACCACUUAAGCCUGGUUCACAUAUAUGCCUGCGACGUACCGACGACGAUACCGAUGCUAGCUUUAAAACGUAAAUUAUGUGAACAUUUGUCGCCGAUUGCCGCCAGUGCCUCAGUUACAUCGGCGGUAGGCCGGGAAAGUUGACUUGAGUUCAACUUUGCCGGUAUUUCGGCGGCAAGUAGAAGCAUGAUGAUACAGUCGCAGGCAUAUGUGAAACAGGCUUUAGGAAAGCAUUUUCGGCCAUGUUGGAGGAAAACUAACAAAAGAAUUCAUUAACAGCUAUUGUAUUUGGAGCGUGUUUUCCUCCAAGAUGGCCGCCAUGUCUUUGUCUUGUAAAUCUCAAGGGAUUGAUUGCAGACCAUCAAUAGCUAGGCGUGUGCAUAUACUAUUAAGUUGUAUUUGUUCCUAAGAUUGACAAGUAAAAAGGAAGGUUUUUAAUAGAUUAAAUAAACCAAAUGUUAACUACCAAAAGUAUGUGAGUACAAAGCUUUCACUUGUACAAAUAUUGUAUUUAUAAACAUUCGGAGUAAAAUCGAUAAAGAAAAAUGCUAUAUUUGAUGCAAAACUAUGAAGCUGUUUUUGUAUCAUAAUUAUUAUUUGGUGUGCAAGUGUAUUUCAAAAUUAUUACCACUCUGGCAAAAACCAAAUCACAACCAAUUAAAGUACAUCUAUAUAGCAUAUCAUCUUCUCUAUUAUUUAUACUGUGCUAUUGAUGACUCGGUAAUGUUGGACCUGCACAACAUAUUCUCUGUGUCAUCCAUGAAAUUUUGCUCAUUACUUUGGUUAUCAGGAGGUUAUCAAUGGUUAUGCUCUCAUUAAUUAUUUAUAAUGUCUAAUAGAUUGAUGGUUAUUGGUUAUGUCCCCAGGGUCUGAAAUUUGAUUUUUUUUAAGUAUCCACAUGGAUACCAAGGUUUUAAAAUUUGCUAUCCCUCCCGAUAAUCCAGUAUCCCAAAUCUGGAUACUUAACUAGUUGGCUUUUCGUAUUCCCGGGCCAGACCCAACAUCACUCUAAGACUUACUCUUGGUCAAGCAUUUUCAUCCAUCGCAUUUUAUGUCUAAUAUACUAGAAUCCUAAAAGGAACUUAUACUGUUCAAUUUCUUAACAGUUAACAGGGUUAUUUAAUUAUAAAUUAAAGUCUAAGUGUCAGCUUCUCUGAUAUUUAAUGCUAUCAGUAUGCACUCAAAUGGGAACUACAGUGUCAUUAUUAUCACCAUUGGCUGUAUCAUCAUCAAGACCAUUGCCUGUAUCAUCAUCAGGAGUUUUGGUGGUUUUAAUUAUAUAUUAUAACAUAAUAUCACAAGAAAGCAUGGAUUAUUUAUGAGUAUUUUACUUCAUGACAGCAAGCAAAAAAAAUGUAUUUCGACUUUGCUAACUAUCAACCUUCAAAUUUCCUUACAAUCUUCUUGACUUCAAAAAAAUUCUUUUCAAUGAAAUCUGGACAGUUGUUUCAAUGAUGAAUGUGGCGAAAAGGCUCCUGAUGAAUAUAGAACUCUUGUAAAUUAUGUGUCUCUUAACGUUUAUGAAUAUAUCGAAGACUGCAAGGACUAUAAAUCGGCCAUUCGCGUACUAGAACAACUAUUUGUCAAGACACCAAAUGAAAUAUUUGCUAGACAUUUGCUGGCAACAAGACGGCAGAAAUCCGGCGAGACUCUUACUGAAUUUCUCCAAGAACUUCGAAAACUUAGCAAAGAUUGUAACCUUAAGAACGUAACUGCUGAACAGUAUCGUGAGGAAUUGGUUCGUGAUUCCUUUAUUAAUGGCCUCUUAUCACCUUUGAUUCGCCAACGGCUCCUAGAAAAUAAACAGCUCGACCUUCAAACUGCUUUUGACCAAGCAAAUGCCUUGGACUUGGCUCAAAAGAAUUCUGAAGCAUAUAGGAUGCCUGAAAUACCUACAACUGCAGCAGUCUCCUCCCCUCCGACAGAUGAGGUUGCUGGAGCUCAUGCCUUAGAUUAUGAUUCUCUAGCAGCUACAUUCACAUCGAAGAAAUGCUACUUUUGUGGUGAUAAUCUCCACAACAGAAGAAGUUGUCCAGCCCGGAAUUCUAAUUGUAACAACUGUGGAAAGAAAGGACAUUAUGCUAAAGUUUGCAAGUCAAAGGCGCCUUCAAUUACCACUGCUUCUAUGUUCACGCCUACUCUUUGUUGA